UGUCUCCCUUUCUUUUUAUACGAUCCCUAUAUGCACUCUUUUUUUAAUCCGCAGGAUUUUUUAUUUACUUGUCUCCACUCAUUUUUAUAUACUACUACGUAUUAUCUCUGUGGAAGGGGGCAAGCCCCUAUAAAAAUUAAUAAUAGAGAAAAAAUUGUCGUCAUGGAAAUGAAAUGCAUACCCUCCAUGCGUGCUAUAGUUAGCAAGUUUGAG